UCCAUUCUACUAAGUGCCCUUUCUUAUAAGGGAGGACUUCCUCUCACGUGUACUAGUUUAAAGGAAUUUUAUGAAGAUGGUCGACGAUAUUAAUGGAAUGUCAAAAUCUCACAUUAAACGACCCAUGAAUGCUUUCAUGGUUUGGUCACGAGCGCAAAGAAGGAAAAUUGCCGUGGAAAAUCCAAAGAUGCAUAAUUCCGAAAUCAGUAAACGCCUUGGUGCGGAAUGGAAAAUUUUAAAAGAGGAAGACAAGAGACCUUUCAUAGACGAAGCAAAGAGAUUGCGUGAACAACACAUGAAGGAUUAUCCCGAUUACAAAUAUCGGCCUCGUCGAAAGCCCAAACCGCCAGCAAAGAAACAGGAUUCGGCAUUCACCUUUCCCAUGACUUAUUUACCACCGAUGGAUCCACGAUACAUGCCAAGUUUGAGUCAAGGAUACGACGUAGAUAAACGAUCGAUGCCAACAUCGCAAAUAUCUCAAUACUCCAAUAUGUGUUAUCCAUCCUCAUUCGCAUCGGAUCCUAUUAUGAAACCGAAUCUCACCCCGCCACCCAUAAGUUGUUUCGGUAAACAAGAAUUGCCAUCAGUAAGUUGUGCUCCUACUUAUAACUUUUAUACUAAUUCAUCAUUAAUGAAUCAUUCGAAUGCUACGAUAACAAACACCUCAAGUGCCUAUCCUUCGUCUCCGUUCGUUUCACCUUAUAAUUACGUCAACAGUCAAGAUAAUAGAAGAGUUUUACCGGUGUUAAAUUCGCCGCUGCAUAGUGUUUUCUAGCUAAUUGUUACCAAUGACGCAUCUUAACAACGAACGAGAUAGAACUGUGAUAGAUCAUCUAUUACAUCCUUUGAUAUUUAUACUUCUCCAGGAAUGGAGGUUGUACAUUUUUUUGAAAAGUGAGCACCUUCGUUUUUUAAUAUCAAAUUUUAUUAUAUUUGUACAGUUUAUAGUAGCUAAUUUAUCUUUUUAAAGAUUUUUGACGAUAAUAAAAUUAAUUAUAUUCUUAUGCUUUUGUCCGUUAUUCAAGUAUUCUAAUGGUUUAAUUAUCCAAACAGUAAACGUAAUAAGUCAAGUUGUACAAAAUAUGCUCUAUAAUUUAUUAAACUAAGCUUGUAUACAAGAAUUGUACUGAUUAGAAUAGGAUUAGUGAAGUAAAAAAAGGGAUUAGGAUAAGAUUGAAGCUAAAAGAAACCAAGUUUAGCAUUUCCCAAACUGAAAUUUACAGACCAGUUACAGAAAGUUUGCAGUGUUAAGAAGGUAUCUAGUAAUAUAUGUUUUUUUCUUAAAUAUAUAUUGAUAGAAUAAGAAUAAAGUUCAGUUGCUCCACACACAGGUCUUCUGAAAAAGUUGUUUUAUUUUUCAAACAUUUAUAUAAAGUUCCAUAAAUCAGUAGUUUGGAAAGGCUGACCUACAUAGUGCCUGGAAUUCUUCUGUAAAUAUAUCUUAAAACCAAUAGGUUUAUUAUAUUAAUUAUAAAUCUAAUUACAAAUUUAAACUGUAUUAUUUUCAGCCAAUAUCUGAAAACUGAGUAUUAGACUG